UUUUUUUGAAAGUCACACUCAUGCAAAACUUGAUUGAAUUUUCCAGAAGAUGACUCGCUCUUGUCAUCUUACGCCAACAUCUCUGUAAAAAGCGUAUGCCGCCGCAACAGCCAUCAUCUGGUAACGAAAUCCUUGAAUGGUAUCGCUCCAUUCCACCUGUCACUAGAACCCUCUUGACUUUGUCGGUGACCACCUCCGUCUCGGCCGCCGUGGGUCUUGUGCCUCCAUAUCAGCUCAUGUUCCUUUGGCCAAAUGUCAGCAGAAAGUUACAGCUUUGGCGUUUGGUCACUUGCUUUUUCUACAGUGGCGUUGAUCUCGGAUACGCGAUGAAUCUAUUUUUUCUUUACCGAUAUUCAGCCCAGCUUGAAACGGAAGUAUUCAUGGGCAGAACAGCCGAUUAUGUGUACUUUUACUUGAUUACAAGCGGAUUGCAGCUGGCUGCAGCUCGUCUCUUCGACCUGUACUUGUUGACGGAUGGAUUGUUAAUGUCCAUGGCUUAUCUCUGGUCACAGCACAACAAAGAAACAUUGGUUACCGCUAUGUUUGGUUUCCGUUUUAAAGGACUUUACUUGCCUUGGGUCCUGCUCGCAUACGACUUUUUGGCUCGAGGAGGAAGAGGUUUACCGUAUGCCUCAUUGGCAGGUAUCGCAGCUGCUCAUAUAUAUUAUUACUUAACGACGAUUCACCCGGGUCGAGGCGGUCGAGGUUAUCUCACUACACCUUCCUUUCUACAACGCCUAUUUCCAGCAAGAGGUGUAAACGGCAAUGCUUCAACUGGUGGCGUUUAUAUGAUGGGACGACCACAGCAGCAACGACAGCAACAGGCGCCUACUAAUGUCUUUGGUGGCCAUUCUUGGGGUCGAGGACAUAGAUUAGGAAGCUAAGUAGGUGGUUGACGCGACGAGCCGAAUUACGAGCGAUGGUAUCCAUGCAUUUCUCAAUUGACAAAUCUUUUGUACUUUUAUUCAGAGUUUAUGCAUUAGCAGCGCUGCCCUCUUAACAUAAUAAAAAACAAAAUGCAACUUGUCAUUCAAAUCCAAGCAGUUCUAUAGCACCUCACAGCAAAAGAUUAUAUGGUGUGGGUCCAGUAAUGGAUCCGAGAAAUCAACCAGCAUCAACAAAAAAUAAGCGAUGAAGGGG